AUGUUAUUGGUGUGGCAAGUCAUUAUCAAUGACAUUCAAUCCUCUAAACCCAUUAUCAUUCCUUGGUGGUACCAUAAUAACUAUUCAAAUCAUUUCGUUGACUUGUCAUUGCAUGGAUUUAGUGAUGCCAGUAAUAUAGCAUUUGGUUGUUAUUCAAUUGAAAUAGAAGAAGCAUUUAAGAUAUGGAUUAUAUUCGUUCAAACAGCAAUAACUACUGAUAAAAAUUUUAAGCAGCUGCAACUAGACCUAAAUGCACCAAUUACACACGACGCAAAAAAACCAAUAUUCCUACCUCGAAAUACAGAAUUUACAAACUUAGUUAUUUAUCAUAAUCAUUAUUUAGUUAUGCACAACGGCGUUAAAGAAACUUUAAACCAAAUUCGAACUCAAUUCUGGAUACCUAAAGCACGAAACUACAUUAAAAAACUGAUUAAAAAAUGUCCUAUUUGUAAACGCUUUGAAGGACUGCCUUAUUCAUAUCCUUCUACCCCUCCUUUACCAUUAUGUCGUUUAAAUAAUGAUCAUGCAUUCAAAUUUACAGAUCUUGUUCCGGACACUUCUGCUGAAUCAUGCAUAAAAAGUUUACGGAGAUUUUUUGCGAAACGUGGCAGACCUUUCGAAACUCUCUCAGGCAACGGAUUACAAUUCACCUCCAAUCUUACUCAAAACUUUACUUCAUCUCUCGGUAUCACGUGGCAUUUCAACAUCCCCGCUGCUCCGUGGUGGGGAGGGUUCUUUGAACGACUAGUUGGAUCCACUAAACGCUGCCUUCGCAAAAUAACACAUGAAGUAGAAUCAAUAUUGAACAAUCAACCAAUCACGUUUAUGUAUGAAUCACCUGGAGACUUACCACUUACACCCAAUCAUUUAAUAUAUGGAAGAUCAACUAACUUUAAAGCUAUUAACGACAAAACAUAUGAAUUAAACUUAAACACCCGAAGUACAUACAUAGAAAAUACAUUAAAUCAUUUUUUGCAAAGAUGGGAAAAAGAGUACCUCACCGAACUUAGAGAAUUCCAUAAAUGUAAGAAAAACAAAGGAACAAAUAAAAUAGCCGUCGGCGACGUUGUACUGAUUCACGACUCGGGCACCAGACGAGGUAAUUGGAAGACAGGCAUUGUUCAGAGCCUCAGUAAAUUAUCUGACGGACUCAUCCGUGCUGCCAAAGUUAGAUACAUUAUGAAUGGAAAAACAAUGUACAUUCAAAGACCUGUAAAUAAACUGUAUUUAUUAGAAGCAUUGGACGCCCCUAUUGAAACAAUGAAGAUUAAUUUCUGCGAUGAAAAGGACAUAAAACAUUUUGUUAUAAAUUAA